CAAGCCGUGGACCUAUCUCUUCAUCUUUAUGAUGAUAAUAAAGGUAAGAACCAGGCUUCGCUUCAGAUUCAGAAGCUCUCUCAACUUCUGUUCUUUUCCCAACUCUGACUCCCACUCUGCACUUUCCCGUGUAAGUUUUUAAGAUCUUUCUCUCACAGUACUCAUAAGGGUCGAAACCCACCUUUUUGUUGAGCCAUCUUUAAUGCUCACCGUCCUGAAUUUCCUUACUUUUCUUGUUGUUUGAUGUGAUUUCUCAACUGGGUCGAUGCUGGUUUCUGUUCUUUCAAUCUUGCUGGCUCUGUUCUUCUGUUUUGAUUCGAGGUUUCUCUUCAAUGGCGGAUCGGCUCGACUCGAAAGAAGAUCAGUUCAUGUAAGGACAUGAACUGAUAGAGAUUUUGAACAUGAACCAAUGGAGAGAAGUUGUGAAUUCUGUGCUGCACUAAGGCCAAUUAUUUACUGUACGCCUGAUGCAGCUCACCUUUGUCUUUCCUGUGAUGCAAAAGUUCAUUCAGCUAAUGCACUUUCGAGUCGACAUCUUCGGACUCUCUUGUGCGAAUCGUGCCGAAGUUUCCCUUCCUAUCUUCAGUGUUUAGAUCAUCGAAUGUUCUUGUGUCGUAGCUGUGACCGAGCGCUUCAUGUUGCCUCGUCCCAACACCAGAAAAAGAUUAUCAGAGGAUACAUGGGAUGUCCUUCAGCCAAGGAUUUUGCACAACUUUGGGGUUUUCAUGUCAAUGAAGUUGACAAAGAUAAGUUUGUGUCCACUUCUGCCUCUGAUACUUCCGGUGUUAUGGCUUUCGACACAGCGGGACGAAGCUGUUCGCGUAUAGCUGGAGUGGCUCGAAUGAGCUAUCCCCCUCAUACUGAAGCUGAAAACAAGAUGCUUUACAAAGGUCAAGAAAAGAGCAGUUCAUUCAUUUUUCAACAAAUUCUAGACUUGAGUCGUCUCCAGCUUAUAAAGAAGAAUAACGAUUCGCCUUUGAUUCUUGGUGACGAAAAAGAUGGCGCAUUUUCUUUAAGGCCUUGUGCGUCGGAGAAGUUCGAGCGAUCUCUUAAUCAACACCUGCACCCUUCCGAGGACCGGGGUACUGAACUUCAGCAAAAGGACGGUUCACUUCAGGAGCAGAAAAUGAUAUCGUUUACUCAGCUCGAGAAUUUUCCAUUGUCAUCCCCUAUUUUGAUUCCUUUCCAUGGAGAAUCCCUUUGGCAUUGUAAAAGCCCAGCUGAAAGUAGUCAGCUAUGGUCUCAAAAUAUGCAAGAUCUUGGAGUUUGUGAUGAGCUUGUUUGUCGCGAUGAUUUCAACAUACCUGAAGUCGAUUUAACGUUCCAGAACUUCGACGAGAUAUUCAACAGUGAUCAAGAUCCUAUGGGAGGAUUGUUUGAUAAUAAAGAUGAGUCAUUCUCCUCCAUCGAGAAGGAUAUGUCGUUCGAUAAAGAGGAUAAUCGCCAUGGAAAAGGGAUGGAGGCAAGCUCAGGUAGGUCGACAUCUUACAUCUUCCCAUCGGAUCUUAUGGACAAAGAUAGUGAUGAUCCCUCAGGUGAAGCUUGUAAGCCUCCCACGAGUACAACCACGGAACGUGCUCGUCCAAUCCGACCCUCCUUUUCAACUUUGUCAUUUGUUAAUUCAAGGAUGAGUGUUGACACUGCAAGUACUGGUUGCCCUGAUGGGGCUGGAGGCGAGCCUUCAUGCAGCUCGCCUUACCGUCGUGAGCGUAAACAGUCCGUGCCCCUCAACGACCACGCUGCAACAAGAGGGUACAAAGAAAAUCAGCAAUCUCAACAGCAAGAAGAGAAACAAAUUCGACGAAAGGGCAGAUCUCUCAUGAAGAAACGAGUAAAGGGUCGAUACGAAGAAGGCGAGCGAUAUGACUCGAAUGUCGUUGCUAUCAGUCGAAGUUACUGAGCUUCGGGUUCGUGUUUCUUUUUGUACAUCAUUUUCAACCUCAGAAGGCAUUUCUCUUCACUUUAAUUCUUUUGAAUCAGUUCUUUCAAUGUGGAUUGGCUACACUUUACCUAAGCUUAAGAGAACAAAGCUUUGGGCAAGCCUUCAUAAUUCAUUCUAAUUAACAGUGGAA